AUGGCGUCGCCCAGGCAGCGUCGUGAGGAAGCGGCGGAGGAUGAAGAUAGUUUGCCUUUAGUUAAGCGACCCCGUGGGCAGCGACGGCUUUUGGUGGUGCUGGAAGGGGCGAGUCUGGAGACGGUGAAGGUAGGGAAGACGUUCGAGCUCCUCAACUGCGACAAGCACAAGGCACUGCUGCUACGGAACGGCCGGGACCCUGGGGAGGUGCGUCCCGACAUCACCCACCAGAGCCUCCUGAUGCUCAUGGACAGCCCACUGAACCGGGCUGGCCUCCUGCAGGUUUACAUCCACACCCAGAAGAAUGUUCUAAUUGAAGUAAAUCCCCAGACUAGAAUCCCAAGAACUUUUGAUCGGUUCUGUGGUCUCAUGGUUCAGUUGCUGCACAAGCUCAGUGUUCGAGCAGCUGAUGGGCCUCAGAAACUGCUGAAGGUGAUUAAAAAUCCAGUGAGUGAUCACCUCCCUGUGGGCUGUAUGAAGAUAGGGACCUCUUUUGCAGUUCCCAAGGUGUCAGAUCUGCGUCAGCUGGUUCCUGCAGCAGAGCCAGUGGCCAUUGUUGUGGGAGCUUUUGCCCACGGUUCAGUCAAUGUUGACUACACAGAAAAGAUGGUCUCCAUCAGCAACUAUCCCCUCUCUGCUGCCUUGACCUGUGCUAAAAUUACUACUGCCUUUGAGGAAGCCUGGGGGGUAGUGUGAGCAUCUGCUGCUACUGCUGGCAGGGUGGACUUCUAUGCAAUGACUCCAUGUUCUGGAAGGACUCUUUUUACUUAGGUGUUGAUCUGGUGCAACUUGGGCUCUUGAGGGGAAAAGGCUUCAAUUUCAUCCUUGUAGCGCUCCUGGCAC